AACACGACCCGUUUCACGGGGCAUGUCUGGCCCAGCUGCUGCCACGGCCCUCCACAGCCUCCGCCUCGCGGCUGCCUGCACCAUGAAUGUCGUCGGGCCUCUCCUGCUGCUCUGGACAGGGACCCAUUUCUGGAGCAGCUCUGAAGCUGCUAGUCUGCCUUUGCCAACAAUGAACUGCAGUGUUUACCAGGGGUAUCCCGCGACGGCCAUCCCCUGCCCCGUCACCUAUAAGCCCAUCUGUGGUUCUGACUACAUCACCUACGGAAACGACUGCCACCUGUGUGCUGAGAGCCUGAGAAGCAAUGGCCGAGUUCAGUUACUUCAUGAAGGAAGGUGCUGACCUCUCCACGGACACGGGUGCAAAGCCAUGGUACCCCGUCACCGCUGCAGGCUCGGACUGCCUCCCCCAGGGCUCGGCGGGCGCUCCGGGCGGGGGCGGCACAGGUCCAGGGCCACCUCUGUCCACUGCAGGAGGCUGUGCUCCCCCUCGAACUCAGGCCUCCCUGACUUCCUGGCUGCUUUUUGCACCUGAAUAAAAGAGUCUCUCCAGAGAGUUUAUAUUUA